CCCUGAGACAGCUGAGCUGCGGCUUCGACUAAUCUCCGACUCCUCUCUGGAGCAUAGAGCGCAUACAUGUCUGUGAUCUGGAGCUGUGAAGAGGAAUAAAUGUCCCUGUCUGUCUCCGAAUGGGACUGCGAUCAGGUCGCAGCCUUGCGGUUCUGGUCUGCAGUUAAUAUGGAACUGUAGGACUGCCGCGUACUCAGUCGGUUUGGAUGCUCUUAGAGAAUAGACACACAGACGCGCAUCAGUGCUACUUCGUCGACAGCAGCAUUUUUUUGAGGGACGCGAUUUCACACUGUUGUACGCGCCUCUCAUUCCAGCCAUGGCCCUCAGCCUGUCCCCUGCGGCCGUCUGCCAGUGCUUCACCCUGGUGUCCCUCUGCACCUCCGUGGCCGACCCAAACUGGAUCCAAAUCAGCAACAGCAGCGAUCCCAACAGCAGACAGCUUAUCUACGGAGUGGCCUUCACCCUGCAUGCUGCACAGAAUCUCACUGACACAGCGCCCCUUGGUGGAGUGAACGGGUGGGGCAUGUCGCUCCUGUACGCGCUGGCCGGCGUGUGCUACAGCGGCAUCCUGCUCUCCAGCUCUUCCUUCCUGUUUGACUUCCUGGGUGGCGGCAGGACCCACCCCCGCCUCGUCGCCGCGCUGCACGUCUCUGCAGCGGUGUUGUGCUUGGGAGCCAUCGGCGUGUGCGGCGCCUGCUUCUGCGUGAUAGUCCACAACCUGAGGAAGGGCCUGAUUGGUCGGUUCUGGGGUGGGGGCGUGUCUGGGCCUGGGGGGGCGGGGCUACAGCCCUACCCCGGGGAGAGCUUCUACAUCGCGGUCCUGGCCCUGCUCUUCUCCGGCGUGGCCGCGGGCCUCAGCCUGAGCGGGACGUCCCAGCCGACGCCAGGCGGCGACUACGUGCCCAUCGGGUCGGGGGACAGCGAUUCGGAGCCGCCGCCCGCCAGGGAGCCGGGCGAGGAGUUGGGGGAGGUGUUUCCUGAGUGAAACCGUUUGAGGAGAGAUCAGACGACCAAACCCCUCACCCCCCACCCUCCACCCCCCACCCUUCUGCCCUGGGACUAGGGUGCCUUUUUCCCAAGCCACACCCCUCAACCGCAAACCCUGGGUCCCCCGUUUCUGGGACCAUGCUGACUGAAACUCACGACCGAACCCCUGAAAGGGUUCCUGUAUGUGGCCAACGGCUCUUUUGUCCAGGGCGAAUCGCUGUGCGUGCUAUUUUAUAUCCCACAGGUUUGUAGCCUGUGUUAUACAGCUAUGUGUUGGGUGAACUGAGCUUGCUGUUGGGUGAAAAUGUUGGAUCCAAACCCCUGGGGUCCGGCCCCAGAGUCCAGCAGGUCUUAACCGCUGCAAUCACACGCUUCCCUUUGAGGGCACGUUCUCUGUAACUUCACACUGUUGGUUGGGUCCUGAAGAAGAGGGGGGUUCGGAGAGGGUCCACCCUUUAAGAUUAAGCUGUUGCUCACAGGCCAUUUUUGUCCCCAGUGCCUGGUCCAGAGUCGGUUCAUCCAAACCAUAACUAAAUCCCAAGCACCGUUGUUAAAAGACGGAUACUGAUCCUGGGUCAGUUCAGCCUGUAGAGUUAACUGUGUCCCAAACACCGUUUGCGAUAGGGGCUGAUACUGAUCUGGGAUCAGUUGUUUGGUGGAGAGGUGCACAUUGACCACACUACUGUGUCCUUCAUAGCCACUGUGCACAUGACCCCACUGUGGGCUCCAGUCUGACUGUGACAUCACCCUGCCAGUGACAUCACUCCCUAGUGCUGUUACACACCAGGGCCACUCAUGAAGAGUGCCUGACUGAAAGUCGCUGAUCUGUAAUCAGUUGUGCCUUUCAGCUCAGAAUGGAUGAGCUCUGGACAUGGCCAGAGGAAAACUGAUCCCACAUCAGUGCUUGCUGCUUUAUGGAUGCGGCCCCAGGUCAACGCACACAGUCAUAUCUGCCCACCUGUCCUCAUCCCAAAUUAACACGCCCAGAAAACCACCUCUCCUCUUCUUCUCAUCCUUUCUUCCUCUCUCAUUGUGAAGAAAGUGCCUUCUCUCUUCUUUCUCUCUCUCUCCCUCACCCACCCACUUUCUCAUUCUAUCUCUGAUCUCUAUCUCUCUCUCACACACACACACACUGGCACCAUGCUCCACCUUUGUUCUUGUUCUUCAAUGUUUCUUAAGCUUGUGCAUGAUCUCUCUACGCUGUUGGUAUUAGCCUGAGAACUGCACCCCCUGGAGUGUGGGCAUAAUCACUGCAGAUCCACUGGCUGUGCCAGCACUGGAUUGGGGGUCGGCAGCAGAGGGCACUUCCCUUCAGCUGCUGCACAACAGCGCCUCCUCUGGCCAGCCGGGAGCCUGCAGUCUUCCUGCCACCAGCUGCAUAUGUUGUGUGGCGCCUGCGCAGCUGGGCAUAUUGUCUGCGCAGCUGGACUGAUGGACUACGCAGCUCGGCAGACAGACUACUCAGCUCGGUGGACAGACUGCGUAGCUCGGUGAACAGACUGCGCAGCUGGCCUGGCUGACUGUGCAGCUCAGCAGAUGGACUGCUCAGCUUGGUAUACAGGUUGUGUAGCUUGGUGGACAGACUGCGCAGCUCGGCGGACAGACUGCGCUGCUGGACAGUCAGACUGUGCAGUGAAAAGCAGCAGAGUCUGGCUGGUCCACAGUGGGGCAGGGCAGUGGCUUCGCAACGUUCCGUCACUAUAAUUUUAAACUCUGUUGCCUGUCCUGAGUUUCUGCCUAUGUAUUGUGUAUCGAUGUUAGUAAAAUUAUGUCAUUCGACGGGUACCGUCCAUUUAAACAUUGUAUGGAGUGAGAUGACAAGCCACUAACUGCAUGUAAGGAUGAACGUUAUUGUGAAGUAUGUGCAAAAUGCGAAGCAUGAUGUGUAUAACCUUAAACUGUGCCCCCUGGAGGCGCAAUGUGUAUAACCUUAAUCUUAAUGUUAUAACCGCCACCCAACAAGGAAACCUGAUACCAUGGUAACUAUCUUGUUAUCGUAGAGCUGUAGAACUCCAGCUCUUUAGAACCCCAUCAUCUGCAGGGUUCUGUGGCUUCCUGUCUAGCUGCAGCCAUGGAAACAAGUUGCUUGAGCCUAUCCAGUCUGUGAGUUGAAUUAAGCAUUUCAAGUGUCUAAAAAUGCACCACAAACCAGCGGCCACUGUGGCCCUCCACAGACUGGAGUCUGGCACUCUGGCGUUGGUUUAUCCUUUUGGGUUUCUGAUUCAUAAAAUUGCACUUUUCGUCCAUUGGAGGUCAUAUACAUUUGAAUAUAAUAAAAUAUCAUAAUAUCCAAAACAUAAGUAAUAUAUAUUUAAGUAUACAGUGUGUACAUGUCAAAUUGUAUCAAUUUUAGCAUAACUGUCCUCAAUUCUAUGUGUACAAUCUAGACAGUGUAUCUGUUUUUGGCCUUUUUAAUUAUUCAUCAGAACAUAUUCAAAAUAUGGUUCUUCCACUAAGGUCUUUGCCUGACUAAUUUUUUUUGGAGCUCACAAUACAAGUCUUCGUGGACCAGUAGAUUGUACAUAUUGAACUCUAGAUUAUUAUGAUGCUGUCCUUUUAAAUAUUGUUUUUUAAGCAAUGAGGCUCAUGCAGUACAAUGAAGGUGAAUUUUAAAAAAUGGUUUCACAACCCUGGUCCAGGAGAGCCACAGGGUCUGCUGGUUUUCACCAUUACUGUUAAAUUGAGGUAAUUUAGUUGUGUAAUUGAUUAUGUAAUUGUAAUUGUGUCAUUGAUUAAUUAUCACUUAAUGUAGUCGAUUACACUAUUAAAUCAACUCAUCCUGAUUUCUUAGGUUUUAAUUGGCUUCUGAUUUUAAGGUGAAAAUAAAAACAAGCAGACCUCUUUUCUACCAGGGUUUGGGACCGUUGUAUUUCAGAGGUAGUGCAGGUUAUGUAAACGUGAAACCCUUGGUUCUGAAGUUUAACUCGUUUUUUGUUUGAGGUGUACCUUGGGCCGUACCUGAACAAAUGUAGCGAGUUCUGCAGUCUUCUUGCCGCAGAGCAAACAUUGGUCAGAAAGUGUUUGAAUUAUUUUAACUGCUCAGAUGCCUUUUUAAAUUUUAAAACGCUCACUGAUCUGCCAGAAUUUUCAGGGAAAUGUUACUGACCAAAACACUCAUUUUGUACAAUCAUACAAAAUAAUCAUUUCUGACUGUGGGUGAAAAAUAUAUGUUUCUAUUUCUCUGUGUCAGUAGCCUUUUUUUUUUUAAAUGUGAAGAAUUUUACUGGUUUCUGUAAACAGUUGGCCUGCUUCAUGUGUGUGACCCAGGCCUUCAGGACAGCCGUCU